UGCUGUUAAAUGGCUCCCUGAAGAAGCAAUAUAAACAUCAGUGUUCAAUUCAAGGCCAUGGUUCACUUGGAAUGCACCCCAACACAAUCCUUGUAGUAAGCACUGUAUGUCUCUCUCUCUCUCCUUAUUUGUCUCUCUUCCCUCCCUCUUUAACUCUCUCUCUCUCUCUGAUACAGCGAGAAGUGAGCGUUGUUGCCAUGGCACCGCCUGCCUGAGUCAGUACAGCGGUUAAAACACGGUCACUCUUCUGGCUCUAGUGUGGGAUGUUCACUCAGCAUGUUGGUGCGCACCGGCUGAACGCAGCACCGGUUAGUAGACCACUCGUGUGUGUAUAACUCAGCUCCGCUCUGUCCCGACAUGAGACUUCACCAUCAGCUGUGAGACCAGGUCCAUCGUGGAGGCACGCGGGGAACACGUCGCACACCUGGGGCUGGAUGGAUAUAGAUGGAGGAACUUGCGCCGCAGCCGCUGUCGCCGCACUCGACCGAUUACUUCACCUCCUCUCGUGGUCCACGGGGGAGCGCGCUUGUAAGCUGAUUUAACCCGGGGGAUGUGAAUACCUCUUCGGGAUUAGAAGGUUAUUGGGUGAACGACAAUGCCCCGCGGCUCGGUCCGGCACUCCCGGCUAUUGUUCGUGCGGCGGCGGACGCACGGUGCCCGGUCUCCCCCGGUUCAUCAGCAGUAGCAGCCUCUGCUCCUGUGCUUCCUCGCUGCUUCGCUCAGGUCGCCCUCCCGGUGUGGAUAGGAUAAUAUGACUUCCUGGCUCCUCACAUACGGCAGCGUCCCUCUGUGUCUCCUGCUCUGCUGCUUGGUGGUCGCUGUCUGCGCAGAAGCCUCCGAUGCCGGUAACAGUGUGUGUUGGUCUCCUAGUAUCACCUCUUGUGCAGAGUGUCUCAGCCGUGGACCGCAGUGUGCCUGGUGCUUUAAGGAGGACUUUCUAGUUGGGGCAGGCCCGAGCCAGCGCUGCGACCUGCCAGUGAAGCUGCUCGUGAGGGGCUGUGGGCCGGAGUUCAUGGAGCAGUCAGAGGUCAAAGUAGAGGUCAACGCCACCAUCAGCAGCACACAAGUCUCCCCACAAGACAUCAGCAUCACCCUCAGACCAGGUUCAGAGGCCAGCAUUGUAGUGGCUGUGAAGCAACUGGAGCGUUAUCCUGUGGAUCUGUACUACCUGGUUGAUGUAUCAGCAUCUAUGCAGGAAAACCUUGAUCAUUUGAAGACAGUCGGUGUGGCUCUGUCCCUUCGCAUGACAGAGCACUCCUCAGACCUUUGGCUAGGUUUUGGCUCGUUUGUGGACAAACCUGUUUCCCCUUACAUCAACGUCCAUCCCUCCAAGAUCAACAACCCCUGCAGUGAUUAUGAGAUCCGCUGUCGUCCAGCCCAUGGCUUUCACCACGUCCUGAGCAUGACGGGAAACAUGAGCGAGUUCACACGUGUGAUCAAACGCCAGCGCAUCUCCGGAAACAUGGACACACCUGAGGGAGGACUGGAUGCAAUGUUGCAAGCUGCUGUCUGCCAGAGAGCGGUGGGUUGGCGACCAGAUGCCAAGCGUCUGUUACUCCUCAUGACCGACCAGCCAUCUCAUCUGGCCCUGGACAGCCGGCUGGCAGGGAUUGUCACGCCUCAUGAUGGCCUGUGUCACCUGGUAAACAAUGUCUACACAGGGAGCACCAGGAUGGACCAUCCCAGUGUGGGUCAGUUGUCUGAUAAACUGCUAGAAAACCAUAUCUACUCCAUCUUCGCUGUGGAGAAGCAGCAAUACCAGUGGUACGAGGAGUUGGUACGCCUGCUACCUGGCUCCUACCUGGGAAAGUUAGGCCUCUUCCAGGCUCCAAACCUUAUAGAGCUGGUGGUGGAUGCAUACAAGAGGUUGUUGUCGGAGGUGGAAGUAUCAGUGUCAGUGGAGGACAAGGCAGUCAGCAGGUACUGGGUGUCUGUAUCACCUCUCUGUCCUCAUGGAUCCACUGCUAAGGACCAGAGCUGCUCAGGGGUGCAGCCCGACCAGACGGUCUACUUCAAUAUCACCAUCGGCCUGCACUCUUGUCCUGACAAUGGUGAAGAUGAAGAUGUAACAGUGUUGGUUCGCCCUGUGGGUUACAACGAAUCAACCGUCAUUAGGAUCCACUCUAAAUGUCGCUGCAGUUGUGGACCAACAAAUCGCUGCAAUGACGACAGCCAAUCACCAUGCAGAGGAGCAGAACACAGCUCCAAUCAGGAGCAGAGGCCGGAUCACGGACUAAUGAAGGACUCAAACAGAGAUUCAAACUGGAACUGCAGAGCGGAUGGGUCUGAUGUGGACUGCAGUGGUCGGGGAGUGUGUGAGUGUGGGAGGUGUGUGUGUGAGCAGAGCAGGCUUGGGACAAUAUAUGGGAAAUACUGCGAGAUAGACGACUUCUCUUGCCCGUACGAAGGGGGACUGCUGUGUGGAGGACGGGGUGUGUGUGUGUCAAAUGAGUGUGUGUGCGAGGAUGGCUGGACAGGUGAUAGCUGUGGUUGUCCCGUCUCCACAGCAACCUGCCAAUCAGCCAACGGCUUGCUUUGCAGCGGGCAGGGCAGAUGUGUGUGUGGCAAGUGUGUGUGUGACGAUCCCCGACAAUCUGGAGACUUCUGUGAGAGAUGUCCUGCUUGCCAAAGCACCUGCCAAUCAUACUGGAAAUGUGUGGACUGCCACCUGUCUCAUGGUCUCACACAAAAAGAGGCAGGACACUGCAACAACACAUGUGCCCCAUUGGUGGGAUACAUGGAUGAUGUAUCAGGUCAAGCAGGGGAGAUGUGGAUUCAGUGUAUGUACAUCAGUAAUGACAGCUGUCGCUAUCGAUUUCAAACAAGCUCACAGUCUGGUCAGACCCAGCUUCACAUUAGCACAAGACCAGAGUGUGCAAGUAGCGGCCGGCUGGUAGGAACAUUCCUGAGUGUGUGUGCUCUGACAGUGCUGUGCGGGCUGGUGGUGGUGGCUGUGUCCCGGCUGCUGCUACAGAAGAGAGGCAGGUCACCAGGGGGCACUGCUGAGGACGUAGGCUAUCACUGCACUGGAAAGGACCUGUCAUACAUCCCUACAACCAACGAGAAGACAGUUACCUACAGGAGGGACCGCCCACUGGACCGCCCCCUGGAGAUGCACAUCCAGGUUCCCAAGAUGCCCCUCGGUGACCCCUGGCAGUACUAGGCAGAGGUCAAAGGUCAGAAGGAAGUCAGUAGAAACAUAUAGAAGGAGAGUCUACUAAAGGCUUCUUUUCUGCCUCUUAACCUUCAUAAAACUUCAACCAGCUGAAUGUGGAGACUCUGAUAAUGGUAAACUAAACUAUGAAACCUCCAUGGGAUCACAUUUGUAAAAUGAAUUGAAAAAACUCUCAUAGACUGUGUGACUAAUGUGGCCAGUAUCCUGGAGAUCGAGAUGAAACAAAGAGCACAAGUCCCCCACCUCUUCUUCCUCUGUAACAGCGAGGCGGCUGCUUCUUCCAUAGGGUAAAGGGUGAUAAUUACUCGCUUUUUAGCCAUGCAGCAAUUACUGCUCUAACUUAUGGGUGUGUGUGUGUGUGUGUGUGUGUGUGUGUGUGUGUGUGUGUGUGUGUGUGUGUGUGUGUGUGGUGCAGGUAGAUGCAUUGUGCUCUAUCUAGGCUUUCUAUUUAUGAUUUUAUAGUAAAAACACUACAUGUUUUAGGUUUAUGUGAUUGUGUGACACUCAAACUGUAGAUCUCCCUGUCUUAGUCUGCCCCCCUGUGGCCAGUUUGAGGUACGACAUUUUUUUCUCCAAUAAUACUGUCUACACAUUACUGACCUCAGCUGUAUUUCCUUGGGAUUUGAUUCAUGAAGCACACCAUUGACUCUGUAUGUCUUUUUCUUUCUUUCUUAUUUGAUUAGAUUUUCAGUCAUUACCUUGUCUUCUAGUGUUUUUCAACAUAUGUUGCAUUUUGUUUUUGUUAACCGAUCAACUGCAUUGCAAAUUAGUGUUAUUUUAUGGCAUUUUCAUAUCAUGAUAAGUGAGAAUAUAGUUUCAUAUGAUUUCUUAUGAUAUGUCAGUUGUUGAUAAUAUGGUUAGACUUGCACUAGAACAAUUGUUUUGCAUUAUACUACUGAAAACUGUGGGGUCUCUUGGGGCAGGAGAGUUGUAAUAGUGGGUUUGAAAUUAUUGGUUGGGCAUUAGAGGGCAUCUACGCAUUAAGUGCAUUUGAAGCUAAUGUAACAAAUCCACAACACUGGAAUAACAAUGGACUGAAAAUUCAUGGCAACUGUAUCAUUGAACACCUGUGGCCUCUGUAACAGAGACAGAACCAGAACUGUGUCUGCAUGCAUCUGCUGAUCAUCCCAGAGCCAUUGCUAUCGAGACAAGUUUAGACUCCGAGACCAACUCCUGGGCGAAGGUACAAAUCAGCUCUGAAUGUACCGACAUCAGAAGUGGAAAUAAAUCCCUCAUGCAAUAGAUCCUCUGAACACAGAGUGCCAGUUGCAUGGCAUCUUGUGAAAUUUUUGCUUGCCCAUUCCUGUUUUUCUUUUCGAAUUGCAUUUAACACAAUAUUGUUUACAGCAAUACUUGCUCUGUUUUACUGUAAGUAAGGAACACUAAUUAUUAUUUAUUGUGAUUUUAUUAUUUUGUUCUUUUUAUUUAUGUUAAUUGUGGUAUUUUAUGAUAAGGCUACUUGAGUAGAGCUACAGGUAGUAAGUACUGUUUGUGUUUAUGAAGAGCGGUCUCUAUCGCUAACCAUGAGAAUAAUUCAGCAAUAAGGUAAUAAUCAUCUCAUCUAACAGGGCACUGAGUGAAUGUUUUCAUCGCAAUAAAAUGUGCAAGGUUUUUUUAUCA